CUCCGUCUCUCGUGUAUCUACAGUCAACACUCCACCCGAGAAGCCCAGCCGACACACCGGUACCCUCGGCUCCGGCCUCCGCCGUCCCCUCCCGAAAAUUGAACCGGCGAGGGGACCCAUUCCAUAGAGAGGAGCGCCCCACCCGCUCCUCUGCGCCCCCUCUCGCCGACGGCCGGCCUCCCUCGGGGACUCCGCCAUCCGACGCCGCGGGAACUGCCAUUUAAACCUGAAUAUCUACGUGGCUGCACUGGAGUACCAUGGCGUCCUGUCCUUUGCAUGUCAUGAAUCUGUUGAUCAUAGUUUUGUUGGCAGUUAUCUACAUGCAUGUACCAGCCACUGCCAUCAUAGCUGUUCCAAGUUCAAAUUGCUAUACCUUUGACAAUGAAAGCCGCCUUGUGGAUUUUACACAUCUGGUUGGAAAGGAUUUCGAAUAUAAUGAAAAGGGCUUGCAACCCUCUGAUUUGGUCGUCGAGUUCUGCAAAGAUGUGCAGAAAAGAUCUCAAGGGGGUUACAUUGAGUUUGGACGUUUUGUCAGUUCUCACUCUUUUCUAACUGGUUCAGAACAUAUUGACUACAUUCAGAAAUUCCAGUAUGGAGAUUUAGUGCACUGUGAAACUACCUUUGAAAAGAUGGGUCGCACAGCACAGGUAAAUAUCAUAUGUGGACAUUGCUCAAGUAAAGUGUGCAAAGAUGAACAAGGAUGCAUUUGCAGCGUAUAUUACGCUGAACGGAUGUGCAGAGUGGUUGUUGAACUUGCUAUAUCUUGUGCUAAAAGUGGUCCAAGAGUAUUUAAGGGUUUCACUGUGGGAUUUCAUCCCCGGUCAUCGGAAAUCGUUUAUAAUGGAUUGACUCAGCUGGGAUUUGAACAACUUCAUCAUGGAUUUAGUUUUCAGACUGAGCAGAUUCAUGUGUCUCUAUAUCUUAGUGCUAUGUCUUCCCUCUCAGGCCUUGUUGGAAAACCUACCUUCAAGGUUAAUCCAGUGAAAGGGCUUGGUGUUACACUUACAGGAUCCGGGGUCAAUGGUGCCAUGCCUACUACCCUGUCUCCUACAGUUCUGAAUGUGGAUUGGAGAUGUGAAAUUGUGCGAAGCAGUCCUUACGAGGUCAAUGUUUUGAUCCCAGUGAAGGGCUAUGAUCCAAUCGAAUUUACACUUACCAAAGAAUGUGGUUACACACAAGAAAAAGAGGGUUAUCCUAUGAAAGGCUGGGCAACAUUUGGAAUUAUUUCUUGCAUUUUCAUUGUCUUGUCAAGUCUACUUUGUUGUGGAGGGUUCGUCUACAAAACGCGUGUGGAGCAUCUGUAUGGUUUAGAUGCGCUGCCUGGGAUGGCCAUCUUGUCUGCCCUUCUGGACGCUGUUGGCAGACCAGGAGACUACUUGCGAGUGGAUAAUCGUAUUGAAAAUCACGCAAGCCAAGCAUCUUGGGAAAGCUCACCUGGUACCACACAAGCAGCACAGAGGACAAAUGAUAGGACAUAUGGGUCGACAUGAACUAAAGCAUAUGUAGCUCUAAGGAUUAUUUCUUGCAGAUGCCUAGUGGUCGGAUGGUUCAGAAUUCGGAAGAUGCCAGCUUAUGGUGCAUUUCGGUGAAUUGAUUCGAAGUCCGGUUUUUCUGCGAUCUAGGAAUUUGUCCAAAUCGUUUGUAGACUGGUAUGCGUAGAUCUAUUUUCUUUUGAUGAACCAGUAGGGUUUCCCCUACCUGAUUAAUAUCUGUCAACUGAAAGUAGUUAGAGCAGUUGGUCUAUUUUCCUCCGGAUGGAAUCUAUCAGUUCCAAUGGAAAUCCUUCGUUUAGUACUUGGAGGGUGAUAUAUAGUACCUGUCAUUACAAUACUACUGUACUUGCAACGGCAGCAGAGUCAGUUGGAAGUAGUUUCGAAUCGUCGUACAAUGGCAGUAAUUACGUGCAGUCCCAGCAAGAAACAAAUCAGGUGGUGGUACUGAAAUAAGAUGGCGUGCAUAUAUGCUUCUUGCACACUAGUGGCCUUGCAA